AUGCCACCAAAUGGAUUUCGCAAUGGAGCAAAUGACCUUGGUCACGGUCGACAGAAUGAUGAGCCCAAUCCCAAGCAAGGACGUACGGAGGUCGAUGAAGAAGAUGGCGACGAAGUAGGGAGUGACAUGGGUUUGACUGAGAUGGCGUUGCCACAGCCUGUAAGGAACGAAGAUCCGAAGCAGUCUUCAUUGGAGGCCGCGGAACGGAUUGCGAGGUAUGGAGAGCGAUCGCAAGGCUCUGAGCUUACCGAAGUCGCCGUCCCUGAACCUGUGAGAUCACAGGACAGAAUCGCCGAGGAGGAAAGUACAGACGGGUCUGUACACCGACAGCGAAGCCUGGAGGAAGUGGAAAAGGAACAACGGAAUCUCACUCCUCGGCACAAACACUCCCGUAUGGCAACAGAGCUCUACACGGUGUCGUGGUUGAUAUUCUUCUCGCUGCUGGGUACACUUGCACGCUUAGGUGUCGCGGCAAUCACACUUUACCCCAACUCGCCUUUUCCUUCCCGAGUGCUAUGGGCAAACUUAGGAGGGUCGUUUGUGAUGGGAUUCUUGAUCGAGGAUCGACAACUAUUCCAACAGGAAUGGGGAUCACCUGAUUUCAACGCACCUGCAGCAAACCAUGGGAAGGUCAAGAAGACCAUCCCCUUGUACAUUGGAUUGGCCACUGGGUUCUGUGGAAGUUUCACGUCAUUUUCAUCAUUCAUGCGUGAUGCAUUCCUUGCUUUGACAAAUGCUCUCCAGUCGCCUUCUCCGACCAGUCCAUACCAUACGGAUCCUGUUAUCUCCUCAAGGAGUGCUGGCUUUUCCUUUCUCGCCCUGCUGGCCAUUCUGAUAGUUCACCCCGCCAUAUCGUUGUCCGCCUUGCAAGUUGGUGCACAGAUGGCUCUGAUAAGUCAGCCAAUUCUACCUACCAUCCCAUUCAAACCUGGUCGCAAGAUAUUGGACCCAUUGGGAGUGCUGCUUGGGUUCGGAUGCUGGCUGGGCGCGGUGUUUAUGGCGAUCUGGCCGCCUGGAAAUGAUGUGCACUGGCGUUUCCGAGCUGUUUUUCCUCUGGUGUUUGCUCCGCUGGGUUGCUUGUUGCGGUUCUACGCCUCGAAGCAUCUAAAUGCAAAGAUUCCGUCAUUUCCACUGGGGACAUUUGUGGUUAAUAUCUUCGGCACAAUCAUCUUGGGGAUGGCUUUUGACCUCCAACAUGCAAGGAGCAUCGGUGCCACAGAUUCCACUUCAUGUGCAGUCUUACAAGGCGUUAUGGAGGGUUUUUGUGGUUGUCUCACUACGGUCAGUACAUGGGUGGCGGAACUUCAGGGUUUACGAAGAAGGCACGCGUGGAUCUAUGGUAUGGUGAGUGUUGGUGUCGGAUUGACAUCAAUGGUUGUCAUUAUGGGUAGUAUGGGAUGGACGAUUGGAUUUACAAAACCUGCCUGUGGAUGA